GUGGUUAAUCGUCUCUAGUAUUAACGGACAACAUUUGUUUAUCAAAUUAGAAAAUCUAUUUAUACCCUCGAAACAAACAAUAGUGCUGACCGCUUGGUGUGGCCGCACUGUUUACCGACAAGUCCAAACUCCAAACCAAGGUGGCAUAUUUCGCGUACCUGCGGCUUUCACUGUACUUGUAGUGUACCUUACGCACCAGGCCCCGCACUGGUCAUAAAGUUAAUUUGGAAACGCUUGAGGAGUUUUUAGAAUAUGACUAGUCAAGUUAACCAUCAGCACUGCAGCACCAACGGGAAAUAAAAUAUGGCGAACACAGAGACUACGCAGACGGAGGCUUUCGACCUGGCCACGGCUCACUUCAACCCGGACACCGUGGCCAUCGUGACGGGCUCUGCCGAGGGGCUCGGGAAGGCAUUCGCUGAGGUCAUGCUGCAGAGAGGCGUCAAGGGUGUUUGCAUAGCCGACAUCAACGAAACGAAGGGGAAGGAAACGGCAAAGGAGUUUCAGAAAUACGGAGAAGAGAAGGUGGUCUUUGUCAAAUGUGACAUCACGUUAGAGGCCGACCUAGAAGCCGUAUUUGCCAAAACUAAGGAAGUCUUUGGCACAGUCAACCUAGUGGUGAAUAACGCUGGGGUGCAGGACGAGAAGAACUGGCGGAUGUGCGUCAAUGUCAACGUGACGGGAACGUUAUCGGCUACCUACACUGCGCUGAAACACAUGAGCCUGGACGAAGGCGGUCAAGGGGGCACCAUCAUCAACAUGGCGUCUAUUGCGGGUCUUGCGCCUAUUCCAUACAUGCCAACGUAUGCCGCCUCCAAACACGCAGUCAUCGGCUUGACAAAAUCUAUCAUGGCGCAUCCUUUCACCAAGGCGAAGGGCAUCACCAUUGGGGCUCUGUGUCCAGCCUUUGUAGAUACCAACAUGAUCCAGGAAGAGCGUGUCAUUCUACGCUGCGAGGCAGACCGACCGAUCGCACUUGGCACCGUAAACAAGGUCGGCGUGCUCAAGGUGUCAGAGGUCACGGACGCUUUCCUGACCCUUGUCCUGGACAAAGCCUGGGCGGGGAAAAUCAUGAAGAUCAGCAAAGCGACUGGAAUCAGCGAAUCACCAAUGAUGUGAUUUUUUUGUAGGACUCUCCUGAAAUUAAAUCAAAUCUAAAAACUAUAUCCAUACAUUAAAACAGUUUGGAGGUUUCCAUCCCUAACGGUAGACCUUCAGUACAGGGCGAGUAAAAUAAAAAACUCAAAUGGCAGGACCAAUUUUGUAAUGAAGUUCUGCAUGUAGCACUAUC